GCCCUUGGAAUUGUUCCCAGGCGGGGAUCGGGCUGGGGGAAUCUUUCUUACUGUCAGUGGGAGAAGGAUCAGGAUCAGGAUCCGACCGCUUACUAUCUAAAAGAUCUCAAAGCAGUUUACAACAGAAUACACAAGCCCAGAGCGCUGACCUCGUUGCCACUUGCCCCAAGAGAGAAAAUGGCUGCCGAGGAUGGGGAAGUGGCAGCCCUGGGCCUCCAUCUCUGUGCUGUGCUAGAGAAAGGAAUGAAGAUGGAGGAAUUGGAGCCUGUGGAGCCUGGACGGAACAGCCCUCCUGCCGUCUGGGCUGGGAGCCUUGGGGAGAGGCCAAAGAAAUCAGAGGGUGUGAAAGGGGAGACGGAGGAAGGGCUGCAACAGCGCUGGGACGCCCAGUGGCAGCACUUCCUGAAGGCAGUGGAGUCCACCCAAUCAGAAGGAAGAACCUCAUCAACUGGUGACAGUGAAAGCUUCCUUCCUUCCCUAGAGGGGGUGGCUGACCACCGCCAGGAGCGUGGAGGAAAAAGAUGGGCCCAACGGACUGGCAGCAAUGACCAAUUGGCCAGACAUGAGGCAGGCUGCAAGUUGUUGAAGGAGGAGUUCCCAGAGGAGGAGGAGGAGGAAGUGGACAGCCCAGAGGUGCAGCGCCAGCACUUCAGGCAGUUCCGCUACCUGGAGGCUGAAGGCCCCCGAGAGGCUUACAACCGGCUCCGGGAACUUUGCCACCAGUGGCUGGAGCCGGAGAGGCACACAAAGGAGCAGAUCCUGGAACUGGUGAUCUUGGAGCAGUUCCUGGCCAUAUUGCCCCAUGAAAUCCAGAACCCGGUUCUACAAGGUGGGCCAGAGGCCUGCUUCCAUGCCGUGGCCCUGGCAGAGGAUUUCUUGCUGAGGCAGCUGGAGGAGCAGAUGCCGUUCAAAGAGGAGGCUGGUAAUUCUCCCAAGACAGAGAUGGCUCCACCGCAUCCCUGGAAAGGGACCCUCUUCAACAAGGUCAAACAGGAAGAUGAGGCAGAUGCCACUUGGUCAGGAGGUGAUGAGAAACCCUGUAGGUUCCAGGCAAGCCAGCCAGAGAAUCCCAGGGAACUGGAAUCGUGCAGGAUUUUGGGUGAACAGCAUGUUCCCCAUUACCCUGAUCGGAGGACUGCAGCCUCUGAGGGAGGGGCGUACCCAGAGAAGGAAGGGGACACCUUAUUUCCGCACAGCCUUCUGGCGCAGGAGAACUCCCAUUCAGGAGAGAAACGAUAUAAGUGCUCCGUCUGUGAGAAAAGCUUUAAGCAUAAGUCGACUCUGACGGUGCACAAGCGGACGCAUACGGGAGAGAGACCGUAUCGGUGCUCGCAUUGCGAGAAAAGCUUCAUUCAGCGAUCCACCCUCAUUGUCCAUGAGAGGACCCACACAGGGGAAAGGCCGUACAGAUGCUCGGACUGUGGGAAGAGUUUUAACGAGCGGUCCGUUCUCGUCAAGCACGAGAGGACCCACACAGGGGAGAGGCCGUACAAAUGUGUGGACUGCGAGAAAAGCUACAAGCAGCUAUCGGCUCUCGCCGCACACGAGAGGACCCACACAGGGGAGAGGCCGUACAAAUGCUCGGAUUGUGGGAAAAGCUUCACCCGCAGCUCGUUCCUCAUUACACACAAGAGGACCCACACGGGAGAGAAGCCGUACUCAUGCUCAGGCUGUGGGAAAAGCUUUAGCCAGCGACCACACCUGGUUAUCCAUGAGAGGACUCAUUCAGGAGAGGACCCACUUUGAUGCUUGAGCUGUAGUGAUGCAAUCGUCAGCUUAUUUAUUUUGCAAUAUGAGUUCAGAAUAAUAUCCCAAAUCUGCAGCACUUGCAUAGGAAUUGCAUCCCCCCCAUUUCCAUGGAGCAUCUACCUGACAUUGUCAUCAAACCGUCAACCUUCUGUCUUGCCACUUGUUUCUUCUGUUGCAUGGCUGUUUGCAUCUAGGGAGAGAGAUAGAUAUAAAAUUAAGAUAUUUGCACAAUAGCAUUCGGAGGAAGCUAGUUUAUUAGGGUUAAAGGGGCACCACCCUCAGUCAACCUCCACCUGACUGUCUUCUUACUUACUUCUAGUCCAGGUGGUGACCCUCCCUGUGCCAGCUUCCUCCAACCUGCAGUGCUGCACAAAACUGGAAUCAUUUGGCUCUGCCUGUCAUCAGCUCUGGCUCCAUUUACUGAUGGUCUCCUGGCCUUCCACCCUACCAGCUCCUAUGGGCACCACCUAACACUGAUAGCACUUCAACUAAAAAAAAUGUUUUGGCUCAAAAUUUAAAAUUGAUGUUAAAAAUUCUUGAUUACUGGCCAGAUAGUUAUCAGCUUUAAAAUGGGGAUGGAAAAUUGGUGGCCCUCCCGGUGUUGCUGGACUCCCACUCCCAUCAUCCCUGACCAUUGGCUAUUCUGGCUGGGGCUGAUGGGAGUUGUAGUCUGAACGUGUGGAGGACAGCAGGUUGGCAAAAGCCAGCAUGUAUGAUCAAGCUCACUGACACAGAGUUGAGAGAACAGAGACAACCAGACAAAAUAAAAAAGGUAUUAUGGCUUGGACGCUAAUUAGUGCUUAAACUAAAAAGUGAGGUAGCACAAAUGAUAAAGCUGACUACAAAAACAGAGGUAAAAAAAGUGUAAUUCUUAACUGCUGCCUGGAGAGCUAUAAGCUUGAAAACAGGGAUGGGAAGUGGCCCCUGAUCUGAGUUCUGCUCACAGGAUCUUCCCGAGUGGGUCCCAUCAUCCCUGACUAUUGGCCAUGGUGGCAGGGGGUGAUGGGAGUUAGGAGACCAACCACAUAUGGCUGGCCAUGAACUUCCCGCCUGUUCUAUAAGGGGAAGGGGGAAUUAGUGAAAUUAGUACAUAAAAGGGCAGGAAGUCCUCCCUUCUGCCAUCAGGAUCUCCACUGGAUCUUGCUCCCAUCCAUGAAUGGAAGCAGUCCUAGCUGGGCCAGGCCAUAAUACUUAUUUCCACACCGUGGCUGUGUACACACUCCAUACAUUGGCUUCCUCCAAAGAAUCCUGGGAACUGUAGUUUGUGAAGGGUGCUGGGAGGGGUAAACUGCAGUUCCCAGAAUUCCUUAGGGGGAAAUAAUGUGCUUUUAAUUUAUUGUGUAUAUGCAGCCUGUGUUUAUUUUGUUGUGUUCGUUUUCCCCCCCCUUUUUAUAUGAAAUGUAGGGGAACGUUUUUAAUAAAAAAGAUUUUUGAACAAAAUGGUAAGAUUAAGCUCACCGAUAGAGUAAGGCAAUUGUGGGGAACCUGUGGUCCUCCAGAGGUUUGUUGGACUCCAACUCCCAUCAUUCUUGACCACUGGCCAUGCUGGCUAGGGCUGAUGGGAGUUGGAGUCGAGCGAGAUCUGGAGGGCCAAAGGUUUUCCAAGCCUGAAUUAAUCAACAUACAGGAUUUCCCUUCUGCAGGAAGGCAAUCCUGGCAGCCUUUGGCCAGAAAUAGACAUAGUUAGAAACAGGAGCAAGUAUGCAGUUUUGGCAGGUCAAGGAGCUCUGCUGUACCAACAAACCUACCUGACUCUGGAGUGAGACUUGACUGAAGUAUGGAAAAAGGGAAUACUUUCCUCUCUGCUUCAUUUUGGGAUACCUGCCCGCCAGUACCUGGCAUGAUGGUCUGAGUUUGAUUAUUUGAAGGCUUUUAUUCAUCCUUUUUGUGCACUUUGAAAUUGGACUAGCUAAUCAGUGCUAUGCACAGCCCAUCUCCGAGAAGGAAGUUGUUUUAGGAAUAGCCCAGAGGCUGGCCAAUCAGCACUGUGCACAGCCUUGCCUUUUUUAGAAGACAGUUGAGAUUGCACAGUAGGGAGGAGAGCCUGGCUGGGUGUCCAGAGUCUGUGAGUUCAAAUCCCCGCUCAUGUCUCCUGGGUGCCAAGGGCCAGCUAAAGAUCACCCCCACAGUGAGUGGCUCAGAGAUUACGUGCCCUGCCACCUGUGCAGCCGUGGGCAAGCUGCAGAGUCCCAAGGAGCCCAGUUGCCCCCCAGCUGGCAGUUGUGGACAAGGAAGGGGCUGGCUUGUGCAGCUGUGGCAAGCUGAGCAGGCCCUAGCCAGCUGGGGAGGACUAGCCUCAGAGGGAGGCAAUGGGAAACCCCCUCUGAAUACUGCUUACCAUGAAAACCCUAUUCAUAGGGUCGCCAUAAGUUGGGAUCGACUAGAAGGCAGUCCAUUUCCAUUUAUUUUUAAGAUUGUGCUGGGCUUAGAUAAGAGUAACGGUCUGACUCUGCAGAAAGCAGCUUCGUAUACGGAUGUUCCAGACUUGCACGGCUCAGGCAAUGCCUUCACAGAGACCAAGCAAAAUUUCACAAAACAAUAGGCAAGCUUCUUUGUUCUCCAGAACGCUUUGUCAGGCCGGACGUUAAGCAACGUGGGCGGGAGGGGAAAAAAGCUGGUUUGGUGAUGUUGUAGCCACAUAGUCUGCAUUUCCUCAUAGCCCUGAAAUGGGAGUAGAGGAGGAGGUAAGAAACAGAGGGUGUAAUUUUCUGGGGAGUAAGCCCCCCUGAACUCAACGGGACUAGACACUUAUAACAGGAGUGAGGAGCCUUUUCUGGUUAGUAGACCAGACAGUUAUCUCGCCCCCCUCCCAUGGCCCCAAUAUGACAGGGUGGGCUAUUUGCAAAGGGCUUGCAGACAGCCCACCCUCCUAUUUGAACCUCCAUAGGCUCAAACCGGAGUGUGGAGGCUGAUCAAACGGGUGUGGGGACUGUCUGAAAGUCAUUUUUGAUGUUUGCAAAGGGCUUUCAGACAGCCCUCGCACUCCUGUUGCUCCUCUUUGAGCCUCUGAAACUCAGCAAGAUUGAACCCCUGCUCAUCAGCUGAUGAGCAGAGAUUAAAACCUGCUGCAUUGGCUGUGUCUGCUUGUUGCCUGCUGGACACAAUGCUGGAUUUAACCUUCUUAUUCUGCCCAGCAGCUGACAUCAUCAGUGAUGUCAGCUGAUGGGCAGUUGGGCAUGGUUUCGGGGAUCCAACACUGUCACUGGAGGUUCAGGUGGCUUCAGCGGCUAGGAGUGCCUUUCUCCAGCUCCGGCUAGUUCGCCAGUGUCAGCCCCUUUUGGACUGAGAAGACUUGGCCACAGUGCUCCAGGCUCUGGUAACUUCCAGGCUGGAUUAUUGCAAUGCGCUCUAUGUGGGGCUGCCCUUGAAGAUAACUCAAACAUCAAAUGAUCCAAAAGUCUGUUAGGUAGAGAACAGAGUAAAGAAUAUGAGCAAGGCUGCAGAUUAAUUUCAGGUAGUGUACUAGGUAAAAUGCAACAGCAGCAGCAGCUAAGUUGGGUAGCAUUUUGCUCAUUUAUGUUACUCAUGUAUGUUCACUUGCAUUCUGAGACAUUCUGAGACAGUCUUCUAGUCCAGAGGUGCCCAAACUGGUCCGUGGACCGCCAGUGGUCCGUGAGCUGCAUUCAGGUGGUCCGUGGCAUGUCCAUAUUAAAUAUUCGUGUUGGUUUUUAAUUGUAUUUCUAUUGCUUCCGUUUCUUACAUUGUCUUUUGCGGUAUGACAACUUGAAUUCUAUGGAAUGCAAAUUGUCUUACCGUGAAUGAUAAUGUAUGAAAUAAAAGAAGCCAUAAAAAUGCAAUUUAAAAAUCCUGCAUCACCCAGCAAGGCACAUUACAGUUGCUACAACAAGGUCCGCCAACACCAGGAGCAAUUUACGAGUGUCUGUGAGAAAAAAGUGUAGGUUCUAGUUAACGAGAACAUGGGCUUGCACUGUAAGGACAGUGCGCAAGCAUGCAUGUGUAUGUCCAUAGACACCCCCCCACACACAAACAGAAUAAAACCAAACAGCAAGCCAUUAUCGGGGUUAAGAACCUGUGUCCCCCCAGAUGUUGCUGGCCUCCAACUCCCAUCACUACUGGCCUCUGGUCAUACUGGCUGGGGCUGGCGAAAUCUUCAGGGCCACAGGUUUCCUCCCCUUUCAACUCCUUACAUGCCUAAAUUUUUUGGGAUCACCGAGGAAAGCUCGUUUCCCCCCCGAGAUCUUCAAGAGGGCCACAAAGCUGAAACAACAUAACCAAUGUUAUUUUAAAAAAUAAAACGAAUGAAACACGCAAUCUGGGGCAAAACUUAAUUUAUUUAUAAACACUCAGAACAACAUUGUGCUGAUCCUUUUGUUCCCACAAGUCCUCAAAACCCAAAUGUAUUGCCCUAAAGGAGGGCAUAACAGGAAUUGCUCUGCGGUCUUGAGGAUCCCUCCAGCUCAGGACUUUUGGCUCCAGCUAGGUGUUUCUGGAAAGCUCGGGGGAAAAGGGAGGUGGGCCCUUCUGUUGGG